CCUGCCCAUAACCCUCCUCUGCACCCCAGCCCCGGAGCUCAAGGAGAAUCCCCACCUGCUGCGAGCAGUACAGGGCCCCUGACACGCUCACUCAUGGGACCACUCAUGGGGCCGUGCCCCCCCCACCCCGAGUCCUCUCCCUACCCCCCCAGGCCUGUCCAGUGCUCCCCAAGCAAUCCCAGCCCCCCCCAGUACUCCUCACUUGAGUCCCCCCACCUCCAAGAGAUUUGGGGGAGGGGAUUUGGGCGCCGCUUCCCCCAAGCCCACGGCUCCUGCAGGAAAGGAGAAGUGGGAGCCGAGGAGCCGCGCAGCCCCCCCGGCAGGCAAAAGGGCCGGGCACGGAGAGCUCAGCACGGCCGGCUGGCGGACGGCGGCCGGGGCCCCCCUGCGUGUCCGAGCCAUGCCGGGUGCCACGGAGCUGCAGCGUGUCCUCGCCGACCUGCGGGGCACGGUGUCGGCGCUGACCCGCGGGUACCGGGACCAGGGCCGACCCGUCACGGACGGGAGCCCAGAGCUGCUGGCGCUCUGCGCCCGCCUCGAGUUCCUGCUCCAGUUCGACCUGAAGGAGAAGCGCAGCCUGUGGGGACAGCGCCAGGACUACUGGGACUUCUUGUGCCAGGGCCUGCGCGGGCGCCACGAGCACCAGGGCAUCACCCACGUGCGACACCUGCCACAGCUCCGGACCCCGCUGGGCCGUGGCCGUGCGCUGCUGCGCUACUGCCUGGCACGCAGGCAGCUGGCGGAGACCCUGCAGCUCUGCCUACUCGACCCCCAGGCCACCAGGGCUUGGUACCACGCGCGCAGCCCCUUCCUGGACCCACAGCUCUGUGCCGACCUCCUGGCCUGUCUCUACGACCUGGACGGCGUCGCCUUCUGCCUCGACCCACAGCCCCCCGGCCUGGACGCUGGCUGGCCCCCCAGCACCGCACGGAGCCCCCCCAGCUGCCAGGACCAGCCCUACCAGGCCGUGGACCCCCAGCAGCCCCCAGACACCGGGAGCCGGACACGUGAGGAGCCCAAGAGCCCUGAACCAGAUCCCCGUGCCCCCCUGCCCUACCCAGCCUCGCAGGGACCCUCGCUGCAGCCCAGCACAUGCCCUGGCCCCGACACCUCUGCCACCGGCCCCGGGGACCACGCGGCUGCCCCAGUGCCCGGGGCUCUGGUGGCAGUGGGGGCCCAAGAGCCUGGGGAGGCCGAGGCGGAGGCCACGGGGCUGCGGCAGGCCCUGGCAGGGGUCCAAGCCGAGCUGGGGCGGGUGCGAGAGCAGCUGGUGACGCUGAGCACCCAGCAUGGAGCCCUCCUGGAGGGGCUGGCCCAGGCCCUGGCCCAGCUGGAGCUGCCGGGGACCCCCGGGGAGGGCACAGAGAUGCUGGAGCACCUGUGUGCCCACCUGGUUGAAGCCCGUGCCAGCGCCCAGCGCCACGAGCAGGAGCUCCGUGCCCGGGAGGAUGAGCUGAGCAGGUGCCAGCAGGAUGUGCAGCGCCUGGCGCAGGCCGAGCACGAAGCCCUGGCACGGGAGCAGGCGGCACGGGAGGAGCUGGGGCGACAGCGUGAGGUCGAGCGGGAGGUGAAGGGGCGGCUGCUGGAACUGCUGCGGGAGAAGGACUCGCUGUGGCAGCAGAGCGAGGGCAUCGGCGCCCCCCCAGCCCCGGGCCCCUGCGCCCGCUGCCGCAGCACUGCCGGCCCCCUCGCCCGCCGCCACCAGUGCAGGGUGUGCGGCAGGGCUGUGUGCCAGGCCUGCUCCGUGGACAGCGUGCGGGGGGAGUGGCGCUGUCUGUCCUGCUCCCAAGCCCGGUCCCCGCAGGGCCCCUGAGCCGCGGCCCCCAGGAACGGGCAGACAGACGGGGAUAACAACCCACUACUGCCGCUGCAGCAAGAUGCUCCCUGGUGCAGCUCCUGACACACCAAUACACGCUGAUGCACGCCUGGGACGUCCGUG